AUGAUAUCAAAUAUUCAUACUUUUACUCCAGCGGGAAAGAUUAAAAGACCUUCUUAUUCAACAGUCGCAACAUGGGUUAAAGAGUCAUGGGAUGAAGUUGAUGAAAAUCUUAUUCAAAGAUCCUUUAAAAGUUGUGGAGUUUCGACAAAUAUUGAUGGUUCAGAAGAUGAUUGUAUUUUUGAUCAUGAUAGUUUAUUGAAUAGAGAUAACGAAGUGUUAGAAAAUUUUGAUAACUCAACCGAUGAAAAUUAUGAAGAAGAAUAUCCCGAAGAAACUAACUACGAGAAUAAAUGGGACGUUAAAGUUGUUGUUGAAGUUGGUCGGAAAGAAGAUAAUGACAAAAGUGAAAGUGAGAAAGAGGAAGAUGAUGGUAAUUAUGAUUACCAAGAUUCUGAUGAUCAUGGAGAAAUGCGUUAUAGACUAAGCGAAUUAAAAAAAGUAUAUAAGAGUAAUGAAAUACCAGACGAUUCUUCUGAAGAAUAUAUCCUUAAAGUUAAACUGGAAUAUUUCCAAGCCCUCCAUUCACAACACACAGAUUACCCUCUUGCAUCAGAACGAAUGAAGGAUGAAUAUGUAGUUCAUUAUAGAAAUCUCCAGUAUUAUAUUAGCCAGAGUUUAGUAAUCAAGAAGGUCUAUGAAGCUAUAAAAUUCGAGCAGGCUCCAUGGAUGAAACCAUAUAUAGAAUUUAACACCGCCAAACAUGCUAAGACUAAGAAUGAUUUUGAGAAGGACUUCUAUGAACUCAUGAAUAAUAGUGUAUUUGGUAAAACUAUGGAAAAUCUCAGGAAACGUGUACGUGUCUCAGUAGUACAACCCCAAACCCAUCCCAAGAAAUAUAAAAAGCUUACCUCAGAUCCUGCAUUUAAAGGUCAUAAAAUAUUCUCAGAAAAUCUUGUCGCAAUCUACCUACGAAAAGUGGAGGUAAUGCUUAACUGUCCAACAUAUGUGGGUAUGAGUGUGCUUGACCUCUCAAAGCUCUACACAGACUCACUUCUCGUACAAAUCCAAACUGAAGAUAUCAAUGCAGACCUCAUAUAUAUGGCAGAUCAAUUCGACUUCAGUGAUUAUCCUAAAGAUCAUCCUGUACGAAAAGUAUUAGGUGACAAGACUGACAUAAUUAUGAAAAUCCCAGGAAAAUUUAAGGAUGAAUGUAAUGGAGCAGUUAUAGCAGAAUUUAUUGGCCUCCGUCCUAAAAUGUACUCCAUUCUCAAGGUAGGGGAUGAGACUACCAAUCUGAAAUAUGGUAUCCGUAAGGCUAAAGGUGUCCCCUCAAAGGUAGUUAAAAAAGAGUUCCACUAUGAGUGGUAUAAUAAGGCACUCUUCGAUCCUAAAUAUAAUGAUACAGUCACCUUUAGAGCAAUCUAA